GCUUGAUGAUCGACCUGACUCAAGAGGAUAUUGACAGAGUUGCACAGCUUCAAAUCCAGCUACACACACUUGAACGGGCCAGAAUUCAACAGUUAAAUUUGGAACAGUCACAUGAGUUGCUGGAGCAGUACCUAAAUAGGGAACCGAGCAUGAUGUUCGACUUAGACCGCAUCAUCUCAGGAACACCUUCAGCUGACAGACCCAUUUCGCCAACCCCAGAGCAACACACUUGGUGUGUUUGCAUCCACUGCUGGGAUAUGCCAACAGACGCAGAACGAAAAUGCUGUGGGCAGACCCCAGACAACUGCACAUCCUUGCUGCCACACCUGUUUGUCCUGCAGGAAGGUGUCCUGCGCUUGGCCAGACGUAUAUGGAAUGAUGUCCGGGCUGAGGAAGAUGCUGCUGAACCUGGGGAAGCCAAUAAACAAUUUCGAUAUGCAGCCUACAGACAGUAUGUAGUUUGGCAACACGGCGCCUUGGGAGAAGGACGAAGGGUGGUCAUUCCCAGCUGUUGUGUCUGGAGGGUUCGGGACAAAUACACAGACCCUUUUAAUCAAUACAGAGGCUUCCUCCCUAGCAGGGUGUAG